AAAGAAAAUGAAAUCAACGGAGAUUUAAUUUGAAUAAUGUUCAAAGUUUGUGACAUUUGAGAAAGCCCUUCACUGUUGUUAAUUAAUUACUAUCAUGUUUAAAUGAAUUAAUAUUGAAAUAGUAGUUUGUAAUGAAAGUUAAAUGAAUAUCUUUUGAAUUAUAACGAGACAAAUUGGACAUGUCAGUGUCACAAGACUUGAUUAAUAAAUAAUUUAAUUCUUUGAAACUUGUUAAAGAAACGAAAGCAGCAAUAUUAUGCUAUGGAUAACUUUCUCCGGCAAAUAUGCAUGAGACAGGAUCAUCAGUCUUAGUGUAACUGUUGUAAUCUGGGGACUCGGGUGUUUUGCUAGUUCACCAAGAAUGCCUAGUGUGGAAUAGAGUAUUGCUGAUGUAAACGUUUAGACAUGGCUGGAUUAAUUAAGAAUUUGGUCGGAGGGUUUAUCAAUGCAGCUACAGCCACCAUCAAUCCAUUCAAGGUGCAGAUUGUGUCUGCUGACACUUUCCUCACGAUUCCAGUUGUGAUGCAAGAGGGAUGUGUUUACCUGUACAAACGCCCAGGAUACUUUGAAUGUGUCAUCAAACCAGCAGCUACUGCACCAAAAUGUUUCAGUCUGUUUCGUCAGUACAGCGAAGUGGAAUCUCGCACUUUGUUUGGGACAAUUGCACCGAAGCUGGACAUGAUACUGCAGUGUUCCAGCUCUCUGUAUUUGGAGAACACUCUACAGAGAGUGUUCGACUGUUUCCGGGAACACCCGACCUGGACCGCAGUACACGUGGCCGCUUACACAGGAUUGUGGGAAAUUUUCAAACACGAACAAAUGAAAAGUUUGAUCAAUACGGAAUGUCGUGCCACUGGAGUAACUCCACUGAUGGCGUGCGUCAAGGGGAAACAGCCACAGUGCAUCCAGGAGUUACUCAUCCACAACGCUAACAUUGGGAUGUGUGACAAACAAGGCAGUACGGUCUACCACCAUGCAGUCACCGAUAUGCCAACAGCCAUUCCACUGAUAAUAGGUCAUGACGCAGAAGGGGUGAUCAACUGGUUGAAUGGUAAAGGGGAGACAGCUCUGUUUCUUGCUUGCAGUAAGAUGCUGCCCGAUGCCACCGAUAUUCUCAUCCACGUUGGUGCCGACCCGGCCGUGUCCACUGCAGACUGUUUACCGGUCCACGCUGCAGCCAGGAGUGGAGAUCUCAAAUCUCUCGAGCUCAUUGUACAAAUGCAUCCAAAUCAGAUUAGUGCAUGGGACAACAGAUACCAAAGUACUCCACUACACUGGGCAGCAAAUAAGGAGGUGAUCAACUUGCUGUCUCUGAUGGGCUGUGACAUCAACGCAGUCGGCGGGAACGGCUUCACGGCUCUCCAUGUGAUGAUGACGCAAGGGAAGAUCGACUGCUGUAUGGAGCUGCUCUGUCACGGCGCCGAUGUCAACGUGGUCGAUGCAAACAGAGAAACCGUACUCCACUGGGCUGUACAGAAAGAUGAUGUUGAACUUGUUCGCACGUAUGUUGUUUAUGGAGCUAAUGUUAACCUGCAGAACAGGAAUCGACAUUCAGCAAGGCAUUUAAUUUCAGUGUCUAAGAGUAAAAACAGAGAUUUGAUCUUAUACCUGCUGCAUAUAUCUGGAGCUAAGCGAUGUAGGAAGGACGUGAAAGGAUGCAUGGAUGGCUGUGUGGCUGAAGGAACACACAAUGGGUCCCCAGACAAAGAGAUGAAGAGGCUGCUUCGGAUGGAUAGUGUAGCCAUGUUGGAUGAGCUGUUAUCUGCCUCGGUGACUUGUGAUGCAACCAUUGUGAACAAGACGGGAUCUGUUCUCGACAUGGUUGAUGGACCACUUAAUGUUGGAGACAGGGUUCUCUGUCUUGACGGUGGAGGUAUUCGAGGUCUGAUUUUAAUACAGAUGUUGAUGGAAAUUGAAACAGUCGCCGGCCGGCCAAUCAAAGAGUGUUUCGACUGGAUUUGUGGAACCAGUACUGGUGGUAUCUUGGCACUUGGUAUUGCUAGAGGCUUUCCACUGCAACAUUUGAAAGGUCUGUACUUCCGACUGAAGGACGAGGUAUUCAAGGGAAAACGGCCAUAUUCAUCAGAACCUUUUGAGCAGAUGUUGAAACGAGAGUUUGGAGAGGAUUCCACCAUGGCUGAAAUAAAACAUCCUAAAGUGUUGGUAACCGGUGUGCUAGCGGACAGACAGCCUGCGGAGCUGCAUAUGUUCCGUAACUAUCACAAGCCACUGAAUCUGCCGCACAGAGACAUGGAGAAGGAAACUAAAUACCCAACGAUGCCCGGUCCUGAAGAACAGAAAAUAUGGCUGGCUGCACGAUGCAGUGGUGCUGCGCCAACGUAUUUCCGAGCUCAUGAAAGAAUACUCGACGGAGGUCUCAUAGCAAACAAUCCAACUCUCGACCUUCUAACAGAAAUACAUGAGUACAAUGUCGGUCUCAAACAAAAUAACCAAAUGGAUAAAGUGCGUCCUCUAGGCUGUGUUAUCUCCCUUGGAACCGGAAGAAUGCCACAAACACAAGUGAAUCAUGUAGACGUGUUUCGUCCAGAAAACCUAUUUGAUGCAGCAAAAGCUGUGAAAGGAGCAUCUACCUUAGGUUAUCUCUUAAUCAAUCAGGCGACAUUGUCGGAGGGCCGCCCGGUGGACCGUGCCCGAGCGUGGUGCAGCAUGAUCAACGUACCGUACUUCAGAUUCAGUCCUCAGCUGUCCGAGGACGUUCCGCUCGAUUGCCAUGACAACAGGAAGCUCAUCAACAUGAUGUGGGAAACUCACUGCUACAUGGUGGCCAAUCAGUCUCGACUCCAAGAGUUGGCCAGUCUGAUAAAGGCUGGAUAAUAAGAAACUGACACAAAUAUCAGAUGGAUAGUUAACAGUCAUUAACUGGAGUUUGGAAAACCGGUUACGAGAAAGAGCAUUGCAGUAAUCAAUCUUUAGGGAAAUUGUGUUUCUUCCUUUUCUUUCCAGUGUGUUGUGUGUGAAGAUGGUUGUCAUAACAGUGUGUAGUGUUGCUAUAUUUGUUAACAGGAACAACUGAUUUAAAGACUCCAUGAGAGCUAUACCAACUAUUAUGUGCUCUGCUUUUCUGUAAUUUUUUCCCAUUAGAUUCUGUUCUGAUUUCUGUUUUUCUGUGCACUUGUAUUCUAUUAUUUAGUUCCAUUCAUAUUGAUUCCCUUCUGUCCGACAUUAUUCAGGUUGCUCUGUUCCUCCCUGAGUUACAUUGAAUAGAUUGAGAUCUUUUCGGAUCUUUUACUAAACUGUAAUAUUGACCUUUAAAAGUUUGCAAACAACUGCAUUUUAGGGGUUAUCUUUAUUUUGCUAGGAGAUGGGGUGAAGGGAGAAUUGUAUUAUUAAUUUCAUUACACCCAAGUCCAUGUGAAUUGUUUGUUUUUUUAUUCAAUAGAUACACAGCAGAUUACAAAAUAAAAGCAGAGAUUGAAAACAUCACAGAUACUGUAGAUCCAGAAAUUAAGGCAAUCAUAUGUGAAAAAUGCAAGUUCAUGUUGUUUGAAUUAAUAAUAUAAUGCAUUUAUUUCUAUGUUUUGUCUAUGUGACACAGGUCAUUAAAACAAAAUAAACAAAAAUAAUAUUACUAAUUCAGAGAACACAACACAGUCUAUUUACACAUAGUCCAGCAAGCUUCCAGUUUUUUUUACCACUGUGUCAAAAACCGACAGGAUCCACCAUGUGUGAACUUGUUAUAGUACACUAAUCCUAAGGUCAACAGUUUCUUUGUGUUUAGUGUUUAAGUUUGCUGCAACUUUGUUAGCGUAACAGGUUAACUGAUGUUUACAGAGAUAUGUUCUGUUGUCAUUAGAGAUGAUCUUAUAGAUGAUGCCUGAACCUACAGUUUAACUGAUUGUACUACAUGUAUUUCAAAGAGAGACCACUUGCAUUAAUUUCAUGUCACAUUUUAGUUUCAACACCAUUGGUCACAUUCAUUUAGUGAUGAUUUAAUUUUAGGAUCUACAAUAUAUGUAUACAAUUAAAAUUAAUUUAGUAUUGAAGAGGUCUGGUCAUUUCAUUUUGGCUCCAAAUAUGUGUACAUGUAUAUAGUUACAGCCUCGUAUUACAUAUUAGUAUUUAUCAUUAAUUGUUUUUGCAUCAGAAGAAAGAAACAAUAUACUUUUUUAUCUGUCGUAUAAUAUAUAACAAUAAGCUUUUGUAUAUUUCUUUUCUGUUUUAAAUAUUACACAUAUAAGUUUAUUGUUGAUUCAGAUUGCACAUUUUCCGUAUGGGAAUAUAGAUAUGAGAAUGAUUGUUGUUUGUUCAAUCAAUUGCACUGUAAGUACAUUUGAUGUCAAAAUCAAGGACGAGUUAUUUUUUUUAGAUUUUUGAAGUCUUUUUGUUGUUUAUUUAUUAAACCAGUAUAUUACAAAUCCUUUAUGUGCAUGUAUUUUUUAUAAUUGUUAAUUGUUAUUGAAAUCAAACCAUAUUUAACCAUUCCUGCUACCUUGCAAUAGCAAACUACAUUUCAGUUUUUUUUUUCGUUAUUAAAAAUAAUGUAUUACAAAUAUUUUUAUGUUUGUUUUUUAAAUUGUUAAUUGUUAUUAAGUUCAAACCAUAAAAAUGUGGAUACAUUUAAUCAUUCCUAUUAGUAGUGCAACAUUGUAAUAAUGAAAAUAAUUGUUAAAUAUUUGUUGUUUAUUGACUGAUAAAGUAUGUUACUGAUCAUUUCAGAUAUAUUGUAGUAACUAAAAUCAAAAUGCUCAAAUGUUGAUCAUUGACAUUGCAAAGAUUUAGUUAUUUCAGCCAACAAAAUCUACAGAACAUGUUUUCUUUGUGUAUGGUAAACUAUUAUCUUUGUGCAGUAGCGCAGAAUGUGAUAUUUUAUGUAGAUAUUUAUACAUCAGUAGUGAAUUUGUAGUAUUUUUCUGCAUUGGAACAUGUAAUUUUUUUUUAAUAUUUUGCAAAUUAACAAGUCUGCUGAUUAUGACUUUUACAGAUCAGUUAACUGUCGGUGCCAAAACAACUUUUAAGCACAAUAAUCUAGUGUGGCUUUCAAUUGAUGCUUUUUAUGUAUGCUUUAUGAAUUCACUUGCUGUUAGUGAAAGUUUUGAUAUAUACUGAUUUGUUAAUUGUCUUUUUAAAAAAUAAAAUUAGGCCUCUGAAAAUUUGUGAACCAUCGUUUCCUUCACGCAUUGCUCACACAAGUCUUGUUUGCAGUCUUAUUUUUAAUUUGUGUGUUAAAGUUUGGACAUAAAAUACCAGGCCAUAACAGGUUGUUGUGGGUUUUUUGCAUAAGCCAGAAAUGGGUUAUGUAAGUUUAAUUCAUGGAAGCCUGAUAAUAUACCUCAAUGUUGUGACACUGCAAUUUUGAAAAUUUAAAAUAUUAAACAGUAUUAAAUAAUA